CCGGUGUGCGGGAAGCAAGGUCGUCCGCAAACGCCCGAGGAUACACGAAUGGAACACUAUGGGUACAUGGUUGACUACGCUACGAAUGAAUGAAAAAGAAAGAUUAUUCUGUCAGAGCGCAAGAGGAAGCGGGCGAAGCAAACGCACACAACAAAGAAUCAACACUGCACCGCACGAACCGAGUGAGGAAGUGCGCGCAACGGUCGAUUUGCUAACAUUCGCGCACUGCCAACGAGGGCGCUGGCAACGUUUCCGCCACGAAUCUCCGACACACGUACUCUAUACCCGUUUUUCUUCACCGCGGGCGAAUGAAUAUGUUUGCUUGCAGUCGCACAUUGUAAGGAGCCCGCUUGUCAGCUCAUGAGUAAUCAGCUCCGUGUCUGGUCCGCUCGCCGCAGCGCAUACGCGUCCGUUCCGUUCGCCGCUCAAGUCGCUGCCCGCUCUAACGUGCGUCUGCCGUGCGAUCGUGCGAUGCAUCUCGCAUCCUCCCCGUUUCACUAGACAUCAUCGCCGUGCGUGUGUUGUGCGAGUGCAAUCGGUGCGUUGGAAAUGUGCAGGGCGGCAGUGUGGCGCGCCGCCGUGCGUCGUCAGUGAACAACCGCCGCCGUGGUGACCGUCCUCAGCGCCUUCGCUACCCCCAUGUACACCGUCGACGACGCGAUGCCGUCGCCGAUCACUGUCGCCGAGUUCGUGCGCGAGGCAGAGGAGGACUACAGCAGUCCGAUUACGUCCAACUUUGUCUCGCGGAUGCCGCAGUGUCGACAAGCCAUCAACACCUACGAGGAGAUCCUUGACUAUGACAGGGAAGGUUUGACCAAAAUGAAGAAGGCCAUAAAGGCUAUAAUCACGUCCGGAGCUACGCAUGUGGAGAAUGAAAUAACUCUCUCCCAAGCCCUGGAGAAGCUGGGCCACGGUUUAUCGCGCGAUGACGACGACGUGAGCAUCAGCGCUGCGUUUGCCAAGUUCUCCGUCGUCAACAAGGAGCUCUCUGCGCUGAUGAAGACACUCAUGCAGAACAUGCAGAAUAUCGUCCUGUUUCCACUAGACGUUAUUCUCAAAGGAGACUUACGCGGAGUCAAAGGUGACCUAAAACGACCGUUUGACAAAGCGUGGAAAGAUUACGAGAGUAAAUACAUGAAGAUUGAAAAGGAAAAGAAGCAGCACGCCAAAGACGCUGGCCUCUUUCGGCAAGAAAUCACACCGGCUGAAGUUGCCGACGAGAUGGAGAAAGAACGCCGCCUUUUUCAGCUGCAGGCGUGCGAGUAUCUCAUCAAAUACAACGAGAUUAAGACGAAGCGCGGUAUCGAUCUUCUGCAGAACCUCGUUAAGUAUUAUCACGCGCAGACGAAUUACUUCCAGGAUGGGCUGAAGACCAUCGAGCAUUUUGGAAGCUACGUUGCCGAUUUAAGCGUAGGCCUGCAGAAGAUUCGACAGCAACAAGAGGAAGAGCGGCGCAGUUUAAAUGAGCUGCGCGUCUUGAUUCGGGUGGCUUCCGGCCCGCCUGGCAGCGAGCGCGAAUCGGUGGGUGGAGGGGGCGGGGCUGGUGCAAUGGGUGGCGAUCGCACAGCGGUCGGUUACUCAUUGCAUCAGCUGCAGGGAGAUAAGCACCAGGGGUAUACGAGGAGCGGGCACUUGCUGAAGAAGUCCGAGGGUAAAAUGCGCAGGGUGUGGCAGAAACGGCGCUGCAAUGUUAAGGCGGAGGGGUAUCUUGAGAUUUGCCAUGCGGAUGAGUCCAAACCACCGACGCGAGUGAACCUUCUCACGUGUCAAAUUAAACCCGUUCAUGAAGACAAGCGGGGAUUUGAUUUGAUAUCAUACAACCGAACGUAUCACUUCCAAGCCGAGGACGAAUUGGACCAACAUGCGUGGACUUCUGUGCUGGUGAACUGUAAAGAGCGCGCGCUGAUGAAGGCAUUCGACGACAGCAGUAAAAGCGGCGGUGACAAAGUGAAUCAUGGUCUCAUCGAGCUACAGCAGACCAUCAUCAGGUACAUUCAGCGUAUCCCUGGAAAUGAUCACUGCUGUGAUUGCAAUUCACAAAAUGAUGCGACAUGGCUCUCAACGAACUUUGGUAUCAUCGUGUGCAUUGAAUGCUCGGGCAUCCAUCGCGACCUGGGCGUGCACAUUUCGCGUAUUCAAUCGCUGACACUGGACAACGUGGGCACCAGUCAGCUGCUGCUUGCGAGAUACAUGACGAAUCAGUAUUUCAAUGACGUCAUGGAAGCUAAUCUGCAUUUACAUCACAAUUCGAAGCCGACGCCGUCCAGCUCAAUGGAGGAUCGCUUCAGUUUUAUUCGAGCGAAGUACGUUGAGAAGCGCUUCUCGAUGAAAACAUGCCACUCCGAACAACAGAAACUCUACGACCUCGAAGAGGCCGUCAACAGCAUCGAUCUACCACUGCUUCUUCAGGUGUUCGCCGAAAACGUUGAUUUGUCGGCGGUACUGCCAUCAUCUGACGAGGGUCAGACGGCACUUCAUCGCGCGGUACUGCGCUCCGGCGGCAAGAACCUUGCAAUUGUUGACUUUCUUGUGCAGAACAUGCCAUCGCAUGGUAUUGACAGGCAGACGGCACCGCCGUGCACGCCAGAUAUGUCGGGCGGCAACACCGCUCUGCACUACUGUGCACUCUUCGAUAAACCGGAGUGCAUGAAGCUGUUAUUGCGUUCAGGCGCCGAUCCUACCUUACGCAAUUCCCAAGACAAGACGCCGAUGGAUAUCGCCGUUGAUAUGCACCACGAGCAGUGUCAGGAGCUGCUCGAAAACGCUGCCAACCGGCAGAAGCAUCUGUUUGACAACAUCAACAUCGAUUGGAAUUUGUCGCACGAUGACGGUUCCACGGAUUUCUCUGAAGAUGAGACGAUUAUUGACGAUAGGAAUGGAUCAUUGACGCCCGAGAAAAAGAAUCGGUCACGCCCGCCGAGUUAUACUGGCGGUGAUUCGCCGGGCGUGUUGCGGUCCAGAUCUUCAACUUCGGAUAGUCUGCAAGGCACCAGCCCCAACAGUAACCGGCAAAUGCCGCCACCACCACCGCCGCAGUCACGAAAGCCAGUGACUGCGACCAUUCAUGGGCAUGGCCACGGAAGUCUAAAGAAACGUGUUGCUCCGUUGCCGCCCUCUGGUUCGAUGCAGCUCGGCGGCGGCAUGUACGGCACGCUGCCGAGCAGCCACAGUCGCACGCCGUCCGAUCCGGUCGCCGCCGGCUAUCACACCCUUAGUCACACGCACAAGCGUUCGCCUAGCGGUGACUCCAGUUCAAGUCGUUCUGUGAUACAAUACGGUAGUAAACUAGUCAUGCACGAUAAGUCGAUGGUGGACAAGCACGUGAAGCGACCACAGAAUCCACCGCCUCCGACACCAGCGAGUCUCAGUGGACGGCUCUCUAAUGGGAUGUCAUCUGAGAGCAUCUGCUCAAUGUCGUCAGAUCUGGACUCAUCGCUCAAUCCUAUUCCACCGCCUAGACGAGGAAGAUCGCGGCAUUACCAGCGUAUCAUGAUGAUGAAAGCCGUGGUCGAAUCAAAAGCGUCGGAUUCACCACCGAUGGGUCGACACGGUUCCAGUCCUAUGUCAUCCUCCCCGCGCUCCGUGAGCAGUCUGGGCGUGGGAAUGGGCGUUAUACCAGGCGGUGGCGGCGCGACAGGUCGCCCGCCCGUUCACGUCCCCAACGGCAACACAACACGUCGUUGUACGGCGCUGUACAACUGCGACGCCGACAAUGAGGACGAGCUCUCAUUCCAAGAGGGUGAAAUCAUCAUCGUGCUCAACGAGAACACCGAAGAUGAAAACUGGAUGGAAGGCAUGGUCGCCGCCGAGCCUGAAAGGCGCGGCAUGUUUCCGAUCAGUUUCGUGCACAUGCUGCCCGACUAGCCGGCCACUGUGCGCACAGGACAAGCGAUGAGAUCGGCUAGCAACGGAAAGCGAAAGUGAAACAAAAUGUUGUUACCAAAACGUAUUAUAUUCUAUGUGUUAUAAGGUAUGUUGUGGCGACCCGCGAGUCUUCUGCAUCGCGGGUCGAGUCAGUAUUCGAGGUGUAUACGUCUCUGCCAUACUAAUUCUUAGAGGAAUAUCGUAAAACGUGUUUAGAUGCGUGGAUGAGCGCCGCGUGUGAAUGAUAUAUAGUAUAUAUAUAUAUAAUGCAUAUACAAGAUAUAUAUGAUCAUAAACGUAUAUAGUGAUAUAUUAUUUAAACAAAUAAAUAAUUUAAUCGAA